AAAACAAAGAAGAUGAAGAGGAAAAUGAGGAAGAUGAGUUUCAGCCAUCUGAAGGAAGCGAAAAUGAGAUGGAGACAGAUAUGCUGGACUAUAUGUAACAAAAUCAUGAAAUGCUCGGGGUUGUAUCCACCGAGGGAGGGAAGGUAGAGGGACAAAACCUUUACCUCGGCUACCGCCGCUACAUGGAUGUUUUCAAAGGCGUUCCCUUUGCAGACAUCCCUGGAAGGUUUGAGAAGCCAGUGCGCCACCCAGGCUGGAGCGGUACUCUUAAGACUACCAGCUACAAAGACAAAUGCCUUCAACUGGACGCCACAAUGAUCACCGCCUCUGGCAGUGAAAACUGUCUUUACCUCAAUAUUUGGGUUCCUCAUAUCAACACAGUGGCCUCCAAUCUGCCAGUCAUGGUCUGGAUUCACGGUGGAGCUUUCAUGUUUGGAGACUCAAAGGGAACUAGCUUCAUGGAUACCAAUUUGUAUGAUGGACAAGAAAUUGCUGACAGAGGAAAUGUAAUUGUGGUGACGGUGGCCUACCGUGUAGGAGCGCUUGGCUUCCUGAGCACUGGCGGCUCUGAUCUGCCCGGAAAUUAUGGACUUUGGGACCAGCAUGCUGCCAUUGCAUGGGUGAACAGAAACAUUAAGUCGUUUGGAGGAGACCCCAGCAACGUCACCAUCUUUGGCGAGUCUGCAGGAGGAGCUGGUGUUAGUUAUCAGAGUAUCACCCCUCACAACAAGGGGCUUAUUAGGAGAGCAAUCUCUGCAAGUGGGGUCUCCCUUUGCCCAUGGGCCAUCAACAGAAACCCUCGCCAGUAUGCUGAACAGGUUGCUCAGAGAGUCAACUGCCCCACGGAUAGCAGGAUGGCUUCCUGCCUGAAAAUGACAGAUCCCGUUGUUUUAACUAAGGCUGGAACUGUGUCUCUGGCUAGCUCUCCCGACCACCCAUAUGUCUUGAACCUGCUUCUGUCUCCUGUGGUCGAUGGAGACUUCCUACCUGAUGAGCCAUCCAAACUUUUCCACAACGCUGCUGACUUGGACUACAUGGCCGGAGGCAAUGACAUGGAUGGCCACAUGUUUGCACAGUUCGAUGUGCCGUCGAUCAACUCUCCGAUGUUUAUCACCACUUCCGAUGAAGUCAGAAGGCUCUUAGGUGCCCUAACCAAGGAGAAGGGUGCCGCUGGUUACGAGAAUGCCUUCGCUACCUACUCCUCAGACUGGGGAAACUAUCCCAGCCAGGAUACCCUGAAAAAAACUGUUGUGGCCAUUGUAACGGACUACAUGUUCCUAAUUCCCACUCAGACUGCUCUUUAUCUCCAUGCUGCCAAUGCCAGGUGA